UAGUCUGCAUGUCCUUGUCUAUCAUCGGCCUGGUGUUUGUCCUCGUGACUUAUUCCUUGUUCAGUGAGCUACGAACACCACCAGGAAUCAACCUGAUGAACCUCAGUGUUUCUAUUCUGCUGGCACAACUGUUGUGGUUACUUGGAAGUGGAAAGACAGACACACCCAUGGCUUGUACUGUCAUCGCKGUCAUUCUACAUUACCUCUUCCUUGUCUCUUUUGUGUGGACGUCAAUCAUCGCCUUUGACACUUGGAGGGCUUUCUCUGCCAAAGGAAGAAGACCAUUGGCGGAUUCAAGGUCCCAAAAAAUGAAGCACUGCUUACGCCAUAUGGCAGUUGGAUGGCUUCCUGCUCUGGCCUAUGUGAGUUUCUGUGUCGUGCUAGACUCGAAUAAUUUUGUAACCAUCAGUUAUAAAUCCAGAARAUGCUGGAUAGGAAGUAAAUGGGCCAUACUGUAUUUUCUUGCUGUCCCAGUUGCCUUUUCUCUUAUAUUUAACGUCGUGCUUUAUGUCUUGACGUUGAAAGCAAUCAGGGCGACUGCAACCGAAGCAAGAGCUGCCUCAGACCAUAAUGACAGCAAGCAAAGCUUUUGUAUCUACGUACGUAUCGCUACACUGAUGGGAUUCCCAUGGGCGUUUGGUUUUAUUGCUCCGUUUGGUUGCGAGUUCUUCUGGUACCCUUUCGUUUUGAUCAAUGGUUUACAGGGAGUGUACAUUGCUUUUGCUUUUGCCCUCAAUAAGCGAGCAAGAAGUCUCUAUCGUAAUCGUUUUUCCUGUACAAAAUGGUCCAGUACUGUUGGAACUACAUCAGAUAGUAAAUCUACUAACAGAAGURCUGUGCCUUCUAAUACGUUGCUCCAUAAUCAGUAUAUUGAAACGAAACUUUAAACUAGGAUGCGAAUUCUCUUACUAUAAGAUUGCAAAGCAUUCCUCGGAGUAACGACAAUUUGCAAGACAUAUCAAUACCUCAACAAGAAAAAAUCUUUCAUCCAAUAUGGCGGCCGUUUAAGUCUAUGACUGCGGUCAGAAAAAAGCUGUUACAAGCAACCUUUAAUGGGCAUGCGCAAGUAAAUACAUAAACGUAUA